AAGUUAAAGAUUGGGUCGAGCUCUGAGUCGAAACAUGCAGCUAGCUGGUUUUUAAUUAACAGUUUAUAUGUUCCAACUCACCAGACCGGAGAGGUGGGGACUGAAAUACAGGUAGAAACUGGAGAAGCAACUGUCACGGCAGCACAAACCUUGUGCCUGAUGCCAAGAUGUUGUCCGACAGCGGCUCUUUCUUAAAGGGAAUGCUCAUUGGAGGCAUCUUCUGCUUGGUUGUGUCCCUCCUGGGUAAUUUCAGCCCCAGCACAGUGUCUGUUCCAGAGGACCACCACCAUCAUCACGUCAAGGCUGCGAGCAAAGAUGAGCUGACACGACUCUCCGACAGUUACAUUCACGAGCUCAGCAAUCAAGUCAAGGUUUAUUGCAUCAUCAUGGUACAUCCCAAAAUCCUUGUUUACUGGGCUACAGCGAUGGAAACCUGGAGCAAACAUUGUGACAAGUCCGUGUUUUACACCUCUGAGUCAUCCAAGGCGCUUGAGGCAGUAGACUUGAAUGAGAAAGACGAUUGGGCGAGGUUACGUAAAGCUCUGAAACACGCGUUUGAGAACGCCGGAGACCUGCGCUGGUUCUUCGUGGCACAACCCACCACAUUUGCAAUCAUUGAGAACCUGAAAUACCUGCUGCUCACGAAGGAUUCCAACCAGCCUUUUUACCUGGGCAAUGCUAUGAAGUCAGGAGAGCUGGAGUACGUGGCUUAUGAUAGUGGCAUUGCUCUGAGUUAUGAAGCACUGAGAAGGCUGGUGGAGAUAUUCAAGGAUGAGGACAAAUGUCCGGAGAGAGGGCGAGCGCUGUGGAAGCUGAGUGAGGACAAGCAGCUGGCCGUGUGUCUGAAAUUUACAGGUGUUUUUGCAGAGAAUGGAGAAGAUGCACAUGGAAAGGGUGUGUUCAACAGCAAGAGUGUUGAGACACUGAUAAAAGACAGCAUGAACAACAACCCCAAUAACGUAGUGGAGGGUUGCUGCUCCGACAUGGCAGUCACAUUCAACGGGAUGUCUCCGGGUCAGAUGCAGGUCAUGAUGUUUGGAGUUUACAGACUUCGACCUUAUGGCCAUAAAUUCCUAGACUCUCUCAUUUUUUUCCCUCCUGAGGGUUCAAUUAAUGACUAAAGACUCAUUCCUUUUGGCUGGAUGCGGCUUUGUGAAGGUUUUGCUUCCAUGAAGGCAAUCUAAAUUUUAGGGAGAUAGUUUUCUUAUGCUGUUAGUGAAAAAAGACUGGAUGGGAAAAAAACUUUUAUGUAUAUUUGUACCUUAUUUGCACAGGGCACGAUCAGCACCGCGUUCAUUUAUGGCAGAGGUACAGAUGCCAUUUGGGAUAAAAGAAGAUAGGACAUAUAUCUGAUGUGUCUAUGAGGAGUGAUCUGGAAAUUUUAGUUAAUUUAAUGUAUCUUCAAUGUUUGUCUUUAUGUGAUCUUAAAGCUAUGUUGGUUAUUAGGUGAUACUAUUUUAAGGAAAUGAUUAUGUUUCUGAAAUUUUAUUUAAAUAUUUUAGGUGCUUGGACCACUUAACCCCAUCAUGAAAAACUUAUUUUAUCAGUACAAAUAUAGAAUUUUAUUGCCCGUGGUUUUAUGUGAAGUCAUUGGUCCUGAGAGCUAAAUAGAAUAAACAUACCUCAACAUUAUUAAAAUGUUAGAUAUUGUUCUCUCAACACGUUUAAAAACGUUUUUUCAGUGUCUUGUAUUCACUGACAUUUUAAAAAACAGGAUGAAUGUCCAAGUAAGAAGAUGAACCAUUUUAAAAGUGACUUUGGAUAAUGAAUAAAAUUAAUUUUUGAUUAAA